GGACUUUUAUCUUGUCUUGAGAUGUGUGACGUCAUAAGCCCGCGCGCCACGCUCCUACUUCUGUUGUGAUUCGGUUGAAGAAAGAAAAACUCAUCUGAGGUCCAGGCUGUGAUAAACCGUUAUAAAGAUGGUGUUUAUUAAAGUAGAGAGUGAAGACAUGAAGAUUGAAGAAACAUUCACAGUCAAACAUGAAGAUCCUGAGGAACAAACAGACCCGAUGACAGUGAAAGAAGAGAAUGAAGUACUGAAUGAAAUCAAAGAGGAAGAUCAACACUCAAAUCACCAUGAUUUCAAACCUGAGGAAAAAUCUUUUAGCUGUUCACAGACUGAAACAACCUCCAUGGAGGAAGUGGCUCAAAAGACAGUAAACUUAAGAUAUUUCUCCUGCCAAUAUUGUGGAAAGCGUUUCAAUCAUAAAGGAAGCAUUAACAGGCACAUGAGAAUACACACUGAGGAGAAGUCUUACACAUGCCCCGAGUGUGGAAAGAGCUUUCAUCAACACGGAAACCUUAAACUACACAUGUUCAUUCAUACAGAAGAAAGGCCUUUUGCCUGCCAGCACUGUGGAAAAAGAUUCAAACGAAUAGUACACCUUGAGGACCACAUGCGAGCACACACUGGAAUAAACACUUUCACUUGCCAUCAGUGUGGAAAGGGUUUUAGCCGAAAACGCACCCUUGAUUACCACACGAGAAUGCACAAUGAGAAUCCCUACACAUGCCCUCACUGUAGAAAGAGUUUUGUCCAUAAAGCAAAGUUUGAAUACCACCUGAGGAAUCACACUCGAGAGAAACCCUACAUAUGCCCUCACUGUGGCAAUGGUUUCAUUCAGAAAGGACACGUUAUAGACCACAUCAGAAUCCACACUGGAGAGAAGCCUUUCAUCUGCCACCAGUGUGGAAACAGUUUCCGCCAGAAAGGGUGCCUUAACCGGCACAUGAAAACACACAGUGGAGAGAAAUCAGUUGAAUUCACUGUGGAAUGAGUUUUAGAAGUGAAGCAGCCUUUCACAUAUGAGAGAACUGCUCUAUAUUAUCAGUGUGAAGACGUUUCACUGAAGGUAACACAUGAGGAAUCAUGAAAUAACUCCCACUGGAGAGAAGUGUGGAGAGAAAGCACACCUUGAGGUUUAUAAAGAGCCCAGGAAGUCACCUGUAGAAGGAAAAACUAUCUCUGUUGACUGGUUUUGCAGUUCAUCCCUUCAGUUUAUAAACCAUUCUUGCUCAUUCUUAAACGCUUCCCUCAGUUUAGCAAGUCAUGCAAAUGGAUCAAUAAACCUUACCCAUGACUUUCCAGUCAAUGCUUACAGAUACCUUCAGUUUUUGAAUCCAAACCCACAGAUUUAUAAUCCUUGCACAUGCCUUCGCUAUCCAAAACUUUAAACUUUAUUUUUCAUAGUACUGUAUAUGAGACCAUGAUCUACACACACAAAAUAGACUUCUUUUUAGCUUUUAUUUUACAUUAAUCACCAAUAGGACAAACCAACACCGCCUGUGUUUUAUCCUAUAGCCUAAUGUAAAAUAAAUGCGAAUAAGAAGAAUAGAAAAUUUCCUGAAGAAAAAUAGUUUUGAGAGAGGCAAAUACAAAGAAGCAAUACAAAAUAAAUAAUGUACAGAUUAUAUUGUCAUUUUUUUGCUCUCUACCUGAAUGCAAUGUUAUAAUAGGCCUAGUUAUUUAAUAAUAACAUUAACAGUGAUGCAUGUACUGUCAAGCCCAAAAAUAAGAGCACCCUUGGUAAAUCUGAUCAAAGAAGGCUGUGAAAAUGUAUCUGCAUUAUUAAUCCUUUUGAACUUUUAUCUAAAAAAAAAUCACAAAAAUCUAAACUGUCGUUGGAUAAUAAGAACACAUUGGCCACAUUUAAUAGCCCCCUUAUAUUCAAUACUUUUUGAAACCUCCAUGUGCCAGUUUAACAGCCCUAAAUGUUCUCCUAUAAUGCCUGAUGAGGUUAGAGAACACCUGACGAGAUCAGAGACCAUUCCUUCAUCCAGAAUCACUCCAGACCCUUCAGAUUCCCAGCUUCUCCUCUUCAGUUCACUCCUCUCAUGAUCCAUAGGGUUCAGGUCAGGACUGGAUGGCUAUAGCAAAAGCUUGGUUUUGUACAGCAGUGUAUUUCAUUGUACACAUGGGGUACUUUUUAUCUCUGUAUUCACCAAACCCAUCUUGAGUGUUUACUGCCUAAAAGCUCUUUUUUUUUUCAUCUGACCAUGGAAGCCAGUCCCAUUUGAAGUUCCAGUCGUGUCUGAUAACUGAAUAUGCUUUAGUUUGUUUCUGGAUGAGCUAGGAAAAUUUAUUUUGAAACCCUCCCAAACAACAUGUGUUAAUGUAGGUUCUAUUUGACAAUUUUCUUUUAUGGUUUUCUGAACCCGAGACUCAACUAUUUUCUGCAGUUCUCCAGCUGUGAUCCUUGGAGAGUCUUUAGCUCAAACUUUCCUUCUCACCGCACAUUAGGACGAUAUAGACACACGUCCUCUUCCAGGCAGAUUCAUAACAUUUUCUGUUGAUUGGAAACUCUUAAUUAUUGUCCUGAUGGUUGGAAUGGGAAUUGUCACUGCUCUAGCUCUUUUCUUAAAGCCACUUCACCAAUUUGUGAAGCUCAGUUAUCUUUUGCUGCACAUCAGAAAUAUAUUAUUUGGUUUUUCUCAGUGUGAUGGAUGAUUAAGGGAAUUUGGGCUUUGUCCCCCUAUUUAUAGUUUCGCAAUGUCUGGAUUAUUUCAUGUUCUUAAUCAUGCUGGAGUGCUCAAUUGUAAAUAUGAAUGGGUAUAUACUUCAGAGAUAUUUUACUCAGAAUAAUUUUUAGGGGUGUCCUUAAUUGUGACCAAUGUGUAUUAGAGAAAAACAUUUCAUAAU